CUCCGCCCCCCUCCACGAGCGAUGCAGCGCGAGACGCUGAGCAGAGCAGCGCGAGCGGGGGAGCGAGCAGAGAGAGGAGGCAUCCGCGCGGUGUGGAGCGGACUGGAGCCGGACUCUGAACCGCCCCUGGUUUCUCUGGACCAAGUUUAACGGACUGGACGAGGACUACAACACGGAGAGAUGGGCGAGGAAGAUCUGACAUGGAACUUUUGACUUGAGCUAGCUGAUGGCACUACCACGGUCCUGGAGAUGGCGGCCACAUCACGCCAAUGAAUUUGGAGAAACCUUGGGAACGAUGAAGCUGCAGGAAAUCAAGAAAUCAGAAGGGAUGGUAUGAGGAGACAGAGCCCAUAUUGCCUUGGACGAGCGCCAGCUGUGUCAGGUCUUGCUGGCGGAACGACUCCAGCUCUGGUGUACCCUCCUGUCUCGUUGAGCACUCAACCUUUUUGACGUCCAUCCACCAACAUCCAAAGAUCUUCAAGUCAAUUUGAGGGACUGCUGUGGCCAUUCCAAAACUUUGGUCCAUCACUAAUAGAUUAAUUUAAAGUUGAUUCGCGUUGAUAAAGCCCACUGGGACUUCAGGAUGUGGAAAAUGGCCAGCAAUGAGCAGCAGCCCCAAGAGGAGAGAUGCUGUAACAGAAAGCCCAAACCAUCCCAGCGAGCUAUCAUGGAGCACAGUAAGGACGUAGACAUGAUAAGAAACCUCUGCGGCGGUUCUAUUCGAACAGAACUCUAGAGAGGCCCAUUAUCGGAAAUUAAUGUCAGCCGUGUUGCGGGGGCAGCCUCAAGCUGCGCCGCCCCAUCUGAGACGACCAAUGGAGGCGUGGCCUCAAGGUUUCCGACCCUGCUGCCACUGGUAACAAGAGUUAAGUGACCAGCAAUGCCUUCUAAAGUCUCCUGCUUGUACUUGCUGACAGUGGUUUGCUGGGCCAGCGCUCUGUGGUACCUGAGUGUGACCCGCCCCUCCUCGUCCUACAUAGGCCAGAUGACGAUCCCACUUCGCAAGUUGCCCAAGGUGAACAAGAGUGCCACUUUCAACAACAUCCGAACGCGCUCACUCAACCCACACGACUUCGGUUACAUCAUCAACGAGGAGAAGAAGUGUGAGGCAGAGCCGCCUUUCCUCGUCAGCCUCAUCAGCACCACGCAUAAGGAAUUCGACGCCCGACAGGCCAUUCGUGAGACAUGGGGUGACGAGAGUACCUUCCCGGAUGUUCGCUUGGUCACUCUUUUUUUAUUAGGACGCAGCACCGAUAACGUCCUCAACCAGAUGGUAGAGCAAGAGAGUCAGAUCUUUCACGACAUCGUGGUGGAGGAUUUCAUUGACUCUUACCACAACUUGACGCUUAAGACGCUGAUGGGCAUGCGAUGGGUCGCCACGUUUUGCUCAAAGGCGCAAUACGUUCUCAAGACUGAUAGUGACAUCUUCGUCAACAUGGAGAACCUCAUCUUCAACCUUUUGAAACCAGCCACAAAGCCAAGGAGAAGGUACUUCACCGGCUACGUCAUCAAUGGCGGGCCAAUCAGAGACAUGCGCAGCAAGUGGUACAUGCCAAGGGAUUUGUACCCCGAGAGCAAGUACCCGCCGUUCUGCUCCGGCACGGGUUAUAUCUUCUCAGCAGACGUUGCUGAACUCAUAUAUAAGACAUCUUUACACACCAGGCUGCUGCACCUGGAGGACGUGUACGUAGGGGUGUGCCUACGUAAAUUGGGCAUCCAUCCGUUCCAGAACAGCGGCUUCAACCACUGGAAGAUGGCAUACAGCCUUUGCAGAUACCGCCGGGUGGUCACCGUCCACCAGAUCUCCCCAGAGGAGAUGCACCGCAUCUGGAACGACAUGACCAGCAAGAAACACCUGAAGUGUUAGCAGGACUGUUGGAACUUUCAAAAGGGAGAGUCAGUCAUCCCUUUCUUCUUUAACUUUUGGCUUUGGCAAGACCUUUUUCAGCACGUAGCACUGAGCUAGAGAAGCAGUAUUGACGUGUUUUUCCCAGGCACUGAUUGCUUUGCCAGGAGCCUCUGUAGUGCAAGGCCAAAGCUUACUCCUCUGUAUUCUGUGUCCACCCUCCCUUCAAGGUGUUUUUGAGAGGUACUCAACUCAGACUCACUAAAUAGGCACAAAGUUGGAAAUAUGUUUUUCCAAAAAUGUGCCAAAUGUUCAUCCGGUCGUUUAUUAUUGCCAGCAGCAGUAUGAUUUUAUAGGAAAAUACAAGACAGGAAGCUUAGAGGCUUGUGUUAAAGCACUUAUUUAUACAAGACACAAACUGUCCCGAUUACUAGACUGCAGAUUACAGAAAUGCCAACACAGUUCUUUAAACCCAGACGUUCGCCAUCACACGCUCUUGUUAUGAAUGUUUCUCAUUUUAUUUUUCAGUUGUAGUAUUUUUCUGGAAAAGGUGUUAAAGUGUUGGAUGUACUGUCUGGCACUCGCAGCAGCUUCUGUCUUUUGUGACGACCACGGUGAGGUGCGGUGCAGUGACUCAUUCAAACAGGCUGGAACACGUGCACUGUGAUCAUCAGCCUUUACUCUUGGAAAAGAAGCAAGAAAAAGAGUAUUAACGAAAACCUGUUUGCCUCUGUUAUUUUCUUCUUUAGAUUCAGACAUAUUUUCUUACAGAUCCACAGAUCAUUGUGUGGUGCAAUGAAAAUCUCCAAAAAGGACCCGGACGGUGUGAAGACAUCAGCUGCUUGCAUUCCCAAGUGAAUGUUACUCCUGUUAAUGUGUAAUGUGCAGUUAUUUGUCUCAGGCCGUGCCGUGAGCAGGCUGCAGACUAUUAUAUUUUCUAUUACUUGAACAUGAUUGAGAACAGAUGUACUGCAAGCGCAGUGUGUACUGAGGAAAAAUAUUACAUUUUGGAGUGCUUUCUUCUUUUCAAUUACUUGAGAUUCAAUAAAGCGCUUUUAUAUGACUCAAAA